AUGAAAAUCCAGAAGAAGAAAGUUGGAGAGUUUAGUAGAAGAUCAAAUAAAAUUAGAACAAAAAAACAAUUACCUUGUGUUAUUGUUGAUAAUACAAAUGAAGUAAUCAGGCAUUGCAAUUUAACAACUAGUCUUAUAUCAUUAUCUCAAUUAGUUAGAACAUGGGAAAUCGAGUUGACUUCCGAUGAAUCUUUAGAUUUAACUGAUGGGCAUCUUUAUAAACAUCUAGGAUCUGGAAGAAAUCCUCAAACAUGUGUCGAUAACGAAUUACAUAUAGAAGAUACUAAUCUUGUUUUAAGGCUUUUUUCAAAUUGGCUAUUAAAUCUCUCAUAUUCUCAAAAUGAGAAUAAAAAAGAAAUAUUGCAGCAUAUGAUGAAAUUGUUAGAAAUCCCAAAAUCACAUUCAUCAUUUUUGAUAAAUAAAGAGUUUCAUUCACCUAGUCCGUUGCUUGUAAAAAUUGCUAUGAAAAUUAAUAAGUUUGACAGUUAUUUGCCUACUGAUAAAAAUUUUAUAAAAGCAGAAGAGUAUUAA